AAGAGCCACGGAGCAAAUCAAGCUCCUCAACUUAAUCCUCUGCCGUACUCCUCUUCUUGCUGCUCAAAACUCCAAAAGGAAACACCAAUAAAUCGGAGCCCAAAAUAGUAACUCAACAGAAGAAGAAGAAGAAAAAAAGGUUACCCUUUUUGCCACAGAGAAAAUGGGUGCUUCUCAGUCAGUCAAGGAGAAAUCCAUCCAUGAUUUCACUGUCAAGGACGCGAAGGGUAAGGACGUGGAACUCAGCAUUUAUAAAGGGAAGGUCCUUCUUGUGGUCAACGUUGCUUCCAAAUGUGGAUUUACAGAUACGAACUACACCCAGUUGACUGAGCUUUACAACAAAUACAAGGACAAAGGUUUGGAGAUCUUGGCAUUUCCAUGCAAUCAGUUUUUAAAACAAGAGCCUGGGACAAGCGAGGACGCCCAACAAUUUGCAUGCACGAGAUACAAAGCUGAAUAUCCAAUAUUUCAAAAGAUUCGUUGCAAUGGACCAGAUACAGCGCCUCUCUACAAGUUCUUAAAAGCACGUAAAACUGGAUUUAUGGGCUCUAGGAUAAAGUGGAAUUUCACCAAGUUCCUGGUGGAUAAGGAAGGGAAUGUCAUCGAACGCUAUGGCACAACCACUGCUCCUCUGUCCAUUGAGGCUGACAUCAAAAAAGCAUUGGGAAUUGCUUGAAACUUUCAGAAGUCUGUUGUGAUCGUAUGAAGAUGUUUAAUUAUAGACACCAAUAAAAUGGUGUAUGUAUAUUGGCGCCACUAUUCUCUGCUGUUGAUUAUUGUUAAAUAUUUUUUUGUCUUGAUAUCUGUAUUUUCUUUUUGACGCGUUAUUUCCUCUAUGUCAAGUGUUUAUUGUAAUUGCCAAGUGCUAAGUUUUUGUAUGGCUUAAAUAGCAUUUUAAUAGAAGUGCGAAUCAUUAUGUA